AUGACAACGACAAGGAAACCUGCUGCACAUACCGCGAUUCCUGCGAGCACUUCCCAGGCACGUGCCCGGCGGGGACCAAGCUGUGGGACGGGGGCCUGUGCGAGCACGAGGACGUCCUGCACCGAGCACGCCGCGGACAAGUCGCUGUGCUGCCUGCCGGACCUCGGCCAGGAGAUGGAGGGGCUGCUGCUGAUCCAGAACGCAGGCUUCGCGAAGCUCGGAGACACCGACAACAAGGGAACGGUGGCGUCCGUCGUGUCGGCGGCGAUUGCGGAACACGUCGGCAUCGACGAGGACUUAAUCGAGAUCGCGCUCAGCGCGAGCCUAAAGGGAGACCCGGCAACCAAUUGCGACUUCAUGAUCGAACUCGGUGAUCUCAAUGAGUCGGUUGUCGCAGACAUCAGGACCAAGUUUAAGAACAAGGACCCCAGCUCCCCUGAUGGCCAGCAUCAACCGGAAGCUCGCCAAUCUGGAGGACACCCUCUGAGGUCAAGAUGGACACUGAGGGCCACAUCCAGGUCCUCUUCAUUCUCGUUUCAGACGGCAUGGUCGACGCGGCCCACGGGGGCGUCUACAUUCGCGGGCUUGUGGACCAUCGAGACGGGGACUCGACUGGUGGUCCGUCAAGCUGCCUGGGAACCUUGUAGAGGACGGCUAUCCCGAGGAGCACUUGCACAACAUCGAGGAUGA